UUGCCUUUUUAUUUUUUGCAUUAUUACAUUUUGGGAGAAGAUCAAGGCUGAUUGAUCCCUGGAGGUGAGAAAGUCCUUUUCUCUAUCCAGAUGAGCCAAGGAGAUCCUUUAGCUCUGAGGUUCCCUUCAGAGGUUACGCUGGAACAGGGCGUACAAAAUGGAUGAGCAAAACUCAGCAUCUCCUGAAACAAUGAAUGGAGCAGGAGAAGGAAGUCCAGUAUCCCAUGCUGGGAUGAGCAGAGGAUUCUGGGGGCCUGUGACCUUUGAAGAGGUGGCCGUGUAUUUCACUGAGGAGGAAUGGAUUCUGAUGGACCCAGGCCAGAGGGCUCUCUACCGAGAAGUCAUGGCAGAGAAUUAUGGGAUCGUGGCCUCUCUGGUCCAGGAGCUGCAGGCAGGAAUAAAUAUGGAGGAAGGGGAACCGGCACCAGCUCACGAACUCAGGGAGAGAAUGGAGAGAGAAGGAAAAGGCUGUCCUGCUGUCCGACUUGGGAUCGACAACGUGGUUCUGAACGGGUCGGGUCGGCCACAGGCUGAGGAAAAUCCAGCUGUUGGGUUGCAACGGGAAUGGGAAGAUCAGUUCCUGUCCUUCCUGAAGAUGGCGGCCCCUCACGUGGGAGAGACAAGCCCUCCGCCUUCCGUGGAGUACGAUAUGAAGGACUUCCAGACCUCGUUGAAGGGGGUCGCUCCUCUCGGUCAGUGGCCUGGUGGAGAGGGUGUGAACCCAACUCUGCCAGGCCUCAACAGUGAAACCCAGGGCAACCUGGCUAAUUUUGUGAACGUGAAGGAAGAAAUUUUGGCUGAAGAGGACAGCGUCGGCGUGGCAACGCAAGAGAGACCAGGAGAAAAAGUCUGGGGGCCUGCGGCGGAGGUCAAGUCCCCCAUUCCAGAGCAGGAUCUGUCGGACGCGGUGAAGAUGCACCUCUCUGCGGAGGCCAAGCAAGAGGGGGACUUCCUGGGAAAUAGUAACCAAGCGCUGGAGUACAAGGAGGUCUUUUGGCCAGAAAGACCCGAGCAAAGGAGAAUCGGUACAAGAUCGCAGGAAAAAGCCGCUGGGGAAUGUUUUCAGAGCCUCCUAGCGGAGGAGGCUCCUAGAGUGAAGCAGGAGGUAGAAACCCCGCAGGAGAGUAAACCUGAACUAGCGUUGCUUUGCGAGGAAGGGGCUACAAAGGUACACAGGUGGACUUUCCACGGGGGACUCUUGAGCAGCUAUGAAAGAAGGGAGGGAGGCCCAGAAGGUGCGAGAAGCCCCGAGGUUGCGGAGAAUCGGAGCACACAAACGACGGGAGGGAAAACCUACAAGUGCUCCUACUGCGGCAAGUGUUUCGACGAGAGCUUGGACUUGGUGGCCCACGAGAGAGCCCACAUCGGGGAGAAGAUCUACCAGUGCUCGCAUUGCGAGAAGCGCUUCUCCCACCGCAUCGACCUCCUGACGCACAAGAAAAACCACCAGGGCGAGAAGCCGCACCGGUGCGAUCCGGAUUGCGGCAAGUGCUUCCGCCAGAGGGCUUUCCCGGCGGCGCACCGGAGAGCCCACCCCAGAGAGCAGGCCUGCCAGUGCUCUGUGUGCGGGGAACGCUUCAGUUGGAGGUCGAACCUUAUUAGACACCGGAGAACCCACACGGGCGAGAAGCCCUACCGGUGUUCCGAGUGCGGGAAAAGCUACACGCGGAAAACGGCCCUGGAAAGACACAAGCGAAUCCACAUGGGGGAGAGGCCCUGUGAGGGCGAGGGCCCAAGCGUGGGCCAAGCUUCCGUCUGGGUUCUCCUCGUAUGAUAGGGGUUGACAACGGAGGGGGGAAUUGUUAUUGGUGUUUAUGCUGUGGGCAUAGCUUCUCAGCCAAAGAUCAGGUUUCGUUAAACGUUGGACGAAGCUGUAAUAAACGCCCCCACAGCAUGGAAACCACGUUUCCUCAGUGCUCUGCCUUUUUCCUCCCGUAACAAAAUGCAUUCAGGAGAGGGACCGUCAACGUGUUCAAACUGCGGCAAAAACUUCAGCCUGCAAGUAUGUUUUUGAAUUGCGCACAAGAAAACUCCGCAUAGGAGAGAAUCUCUGUAAAAUGAUCCAUACAUGGGAAAACUUUCUGGAGAGUAUAAAAUCGUGGCAAAUGCUCAGAUCGUAUGCUUGGCUUACCAAUUAAGCAGGGAUGAGAUAGAAGCAUGAACUGUACCAUUUCAGAUUGCAGGUGCAGCAUGCCACUUUUAAAAACUCCCAAACUUAUUUUUUUUAAAACUUAACAUUUUUAAACACUUUAAAAUGUUGUUUUUCAAUCUACCUGCAAGUAGAAAUCUAGGAACAUCAAGGGAGAAAAGUUCUAGCCCUGCUUGCUCCCUGUUGUGCUAGUUUUCUGCUUGGAGGGAUUUGUUCACUUGAGGGAGCAUUUAAAAGUUGCCUACAGUUUGAAGUGAUAAUGUCCAUGCCGCCAUCUUGUUACAAGAAACCUAGUUUGUACCUUCUGAUGCUGAGCCUCUAAAAAUGGAUAAUCAUCUGAAAAUCCACACUGGAUUCAGGAAAUUGGGGAGUCAAUUGAAGGAUAGCCCUGGGAGGUUGUUUUUGACGUAAUAAUGAAAUCUCCCAUUGGAGCUCAGAGUCUCAUGUGAGAAACUGCCUAUGAAAAUUUGAGAUGUUGAUAAAACUGUUCAGAGCAGGACAGGGCCCAGUGACCAGCCAUUAUUAUGAACAAUUGUUUGGAUGAUGCGUGAGGGGAAAACGAGUGGCAACUCUUGCGGGGUGCAGGAUAGCCCUGUGCGCUUCACAAAUAGGUACGCAUGUGAAGAUGUACGGAAAUUUCAUUUUUACUCACAGUACAUGCGAGCAUGCUCUGUUCGAAGCCCUGAAUGUGAGUGUGAGCACGCUGCGGCUGGAAAUAUUCACAAAUUGACAGACACGUGCUCACGUUCGAUUAGCACAAUUUUCCUCAUUCGAUUUUGCACGCAUUUCCCGCCGUAAACUGAAAACCCCUUUUUUUAGUCUAUAGAGGAAAGUUCUGUCAAUACGGGGGGCAUUUGCGCAGAUUUCAUGUCGGAUCGCUGCUUGAUUUGCGCAAUUUUUCCAUUCGUGCAGAGCAAGCGGCGAUCGUAAGCACUGACAGGAAUCGGGCAUCAGACAAGCGCUGAGACAAUGUUUGGAAAAUUCUAGCGAUUUCAAACAUCUCUCACCCAUUUCCAUGCACCUGUUCCCCCUCUGCCCUGCAAUGACUGUACUACCUUAAAGACCCUCAUAAAGGUGCAUAGAAGCCUGUGAUAGAAAGUAGAUAUUUUUAAAGUUUGCCUUAAACCCCCCCCAAAAAA